AUGCUGCUGCCAUUAAUCAUUCCUGGGUCGCUGCUAAUCAGGUUGGCUGUGCCUUGCCCUGAGCUUGAGAGAUCACUAAAUCUGAAAGAAAAGCUGGAGAAUUCGUUGAUUCUGAAGAAACUUCUCCUCGUGCUUGUUCUUGCUGGAACGGCCAUGGUGAUUGCCGAUGGAGUUGUUACUCCUGCAAUGUCAGAUCAAGUGGUGAUGAUUUCAGUUGCAUUUCUGGUGAUUCUGUUCAGUCUGCAAAAGUAUGGGACGAGUAAGAUGGGACUAGUAGUAGGUCCGGCCUUACUUAUAUGGUUCUGUUGUCUUGCUGGUAUUGGAAUUCACAACCUGCUCAAAUACCUUUUUUCGUUUUGUAUGCAUUUUUGCUCUAAUUUCUGCAACGUUGAUUUAUUUAUUCGUUGUUGUUUUCUCCAGCUUACGUUUGUGUGUCUCGUCCUGCCGUGCCUCAUGUUGGGCUAUAUGGGACAAGCUGCGUACCUGAUGGAGAAUCAUGCAGAUGCUAGUCAAGCUUUCUAUUCAUCUAUUCCAGGUGCCGCAUUCUGGCCCGUCCUUUUCGUAGCCAAUGUUGCAGCUCUGAUUGCCAGUCGCACAAUGACGACAGCAACAUUUUCAUGUAUUAAACAGUCAACAGCUCUGGGCUGUUUCCCUCGUCUCAAAAUCAUCCACACGUCUCGGAAAUUUAUGGGUCAAAUUUAUAUACCUGUCCUUAACUGGUUCCUGCUUGCCGUUUGUCUGGUCGUCGUCUGUUCAAUCUCAAGUAUCAACGAGAUCGGAAAUGCAUAUGGGAUGGCUGAGCUUGGAGUGAUGAUGACCACGACAAUCCUAGUGACUUUAACACAUCCUCUGAAUCCUCUGUAUCUGAAGCAGAGCAAAGCCUGGAGAGAGAGCUUUUAA